ACAUAUUCAGUUCAACUCACAACGAACCUGUUCUCUGAACCACACUUCAACACCAAACCUAACACUAUAAACCCAAACCUACAUCCUACUACAUCCGCAAAGAUGCCUCACCAAACCUCCACCAACGAUCUCAAGUCCGUCCUCGACAGCCGCCCUUGCGAGUUCAAGAUCAAGGCUGGUGGUGCAACAUGGAAGGCCGUCGUUCACUCUGACCGCGCCGCAUAUGAUCGCGUCAAGGCCCAGCGCGCAAACUCUUCUGCGUCCAUGUCUUCGGGGAGCUCUAGCGGUGCUUCUUCCACCAAGUCGGCAUGAAGCUAGUUUUCGGCUCGUGUUCAACAAACUUGUCAGCGAUCUAGAGCAGAUGUCUUGGCGGGUCUGAUCGCUAUACAUACAGAUACGGGAUAAAAAGAGACGAAAAAACAAAAGACAAACGAAAAGAAUGACGAGAUCUUGCAUGGCGCACGCGCCGGCGAGGCAUUGAAACGAAAGGAUAUUACUCUGGCUUGGCGUUUGUGCGAGAAAGCGGGUUGCAUCUUUUAAAUACCCGGGAACUGAUUUUUGUUUAUUAUACAGCCUCCAUUUAUUGUUAUUAUUACUCAUUUACUUUUGCAUCAUGUUAUUGC